CGAUCUUUUGUCUAAUAUUUCUUGCUUUAAAAGCUCUAACAAUUUUAAAAGAUUUAUGCUCCGUGUCGUUUUAGACUUGAUUUCAUAUUUUUAAUUCCCUAAAUGGCCGAUCGUGUUCGUAGGAGCGCGCGAAAACGCGAGCGAAGUCUGCUGGGAAUUCCCGAAGCCUCGCGCGAACCCUCGACAGACAACGAGGACCAGUAUUCAAACUUGAAGGUAGUAGAACUGAAAAAGCUACUCAAAGCUCGAGGUUCUACUACUUCUGGAUUAAAAGUUGAGCUAAUUGCUCGGUUGAAACAGUUGGAUGUUGAUGAAAAAGCUGCAACGCCGCUCGAGGAAAUGCCUGUUAAUUCUUCCAACAAAUCUGGAUUUCUAAAUCACAGCACUGACAAAACAAGAGAAAGAAUGAAGUCCACAAAAGGGACUGAGAACAACAUUAAUCUUGUUCAGAAUAGUGUGGACAGUAGUGGUAUAAAUGACGUCAACAAGAAGGAACUAGAUUAUGAAGAAGAAAUGAGGAAACAAAGGAAGAUUGACCAACGAGAGCGACAUAAAAUUGUCCUCUGGAGGAAACCCUUGACCACAUUGACAUAUUUUUUUCUUGAGGUUCUGAUUCUCCUCCGUGAUUAUAAAGAAAGAGUUCUUAAACACAGAAAGACCUGUUCCUUAAUCUCAUUUAUUACUAUCUCUGUGCUAAUUGUGUAUUAUGUAGACGGUGCUCACCACCAGUAUUUAGAUAGGAUUGAAGCAUUUGGUGUUCUCUGUGCAUAUUGGAUAGGCCUUGGGGUACUUUCAUCAGUUGGCCUUGGUACAGGUCUACAUACUUUUCUUCUAUACUUGGGCCCACAUAUUGCUUCUGUAACUCUGGCAGCUUGGGAAUGCGAUUCACUAGACUUUCCUGAACCACCUUAUCCUAUUGAUAUCAUCUGCCCUGAAAAUAAUUCCAGUCCUUCCAACCCUGUUACCAUGUGGUCAAUAAUGAGUAAAGUUAGACUGGAAGCAUUCAUGUGGGGUGCUGGAACAGCCAUUGGAGAACUACCUCCAUACUUCAUGGCCAGAGCAGCUCGUUUGACAGGGGUAGAGCCAGAUGAUGAAGAGCUAAAUGAAGUAGAGGAACUAGAACGCAUGACAUCAGCAGCCGGUCAAGAUAUCUGGACUAGGACUAAGAAAUUCAUUCAUGAUUUAGUUGAGAGAGUUGGCUUUUUUGGGAUCCUUGUCUGUGCAUCGGUACCAAACCCACUGUUUGACUUGGCUGGUAUAACAUGUGGUCACUGCCUCGUUCCUUUCUGGACCUUCUUUGGAGCGACAUUGAUUGGCAAAGCUGUCAUUAAAAUGCAUAUACAGAAAACCUUUGUAAUCUUGUCGUUCAGUAAACAUUAUGUUGAAAAUGUUCUCGAAUACAUCGGUGGUAUUCCCACAAUAGGGCCGUACAUACAAAAACCCUUCAAAAUCGCCCUGGAGAAGCAAAAAGAAAAACUUCAUCGACGGACCGGCGCACAGGCCAAAGUAACGGAACCCAACAUUCUAGCCUGGAUCUUCGAAAAGCUCGUCAUAGCCAUGAUUGUCUACUUCCUGCUGUCAAUCAUCAACUCCACCGCACAGGCUUACGCUAAACGAUUGGACGAGAAGAAGAGACAGGCAAUGAAACCUGCGAAGGGCGAGUAGACUGGGUACAAUGUGGUCUGGGUACCAACUAGACUGCAUGGGUAGAGUGGGUACUGGGUACAUCACUGCCCUUGUCAAUUUUAACAGUCCUUUAAAGUGCACAUGAACCCUUCGACAAUACUUUCAGUACU